AUCUUUUACUGCUUUGCUGCUGCCUUCUCAAAUCUUCCUUUUCCCCGUUUCCUCUGUAUUAACCUUUGUCAACAACAACGCUAACCCCAAAAGGAAAGAGAAUGGAGCUGAAGAAGAUUUUUACAAUGCUCUGUUGAAUCACUUUCAUGUCUCUCCCCCCCACCAAACGCUUUUUUUCCAACGCCACUUCUUCUUCUUCUUCUUCUUCCUCAUCACAUCAUUUCCAGCCUCCACUUAAGAAAGCCAAGUCCCAAGCCGUUGCUUGCUCUCUCGACCCUAACAAAAACGGCCUCCAUCACCACCGUAACAGCCAAGACGAUAACAUCGUGGCUUUCGACCCUUCAUCUAUGCCCCUCGACGAUGAUUCCAAGCCUGACGAUGCUUGUAAGCCCGCCGCCGCUAAUUUGUCUCGCAAAAAGGCUACCCCGCCUCAACCUGCCAAAAAGCUUGUCAUCAAACUCGUUAAAGCAAAACCUACAUUGCCUACGAAUUUUGAGGAGGAGACAUGGGCAAAGCUGAAGUCCGCCAUUACUGCUAUAUUUUUUAAACAACCAGAUUCUUGUGACUUGGAGAAGCUUUACCAGGCUGUCAAUGAUCUUUGCCUGUACAAGAUGGGAGGAAGCCUUUACCGAAGGAUUGAAAAAGAGUGUGAAGAACAUAUAUCAGCAGCACUAAGAUCUUUGGUUGGGCAAAGCCCAGAUCUGGUUUUCUUAUCACUUGUUGAGAAAUGUGGGCAAGAUCUUUGUGAUCAAAUGUUAAUGAUUCGUGGUAUAGCCUUGUAUCUAGACAGAACAUAUGUUAAACAAACCCCAAAUGUACGUUCAUUGUGGGACAUGGGCUUGCAGCUCUUCCGUAGACAUCUUUCUUUGGCUCCUGAAGUCGAGCACAAAACUGUCACUGGUCUUUUGAGAAUGAUUGAGGGUGAGAGGUUAGGUGAAGCAGUGGAUAGGACGCUCCUUAAUCAUCUUUUGAAGAUGUUUACUGCUUUAGGUAUUUACUCUGAAAGCUUUGAAAAGCCAUUCCUGGAGUGCACUUCUGAGUUUUAUGCAGCUGAAGGAAUGAAAUACAUGCAGCAAUCUGAUGUUCCGGAUUAUCUGAAACAUGUAGAGAUGAGGUUACAUGAAGAACAUGAAAGGUGCUUACUCUACCUGGAUGCUCUUACAAGAAAGCCACUUAUAGCAACAGCAGAAAAGCAACUGCUUGAACGUCAUAUACCUGCUAUUCUUGAUAAGGGCUUUGUGACACUGAUGGAUGGACGUCGUAUUGAGGACCUUCAGAGAAUGUACUCACUGUUUUCAAGGGUCAAUGCUCUUGAAUCACUCAGGCAGGCUUUAAGUUCAUAUGUUAGGAGAACUGGACAAGGCAUUGUCAUGGAUGAAGAGAAAGACAAGGACAUGGUGUCUUCCUUGUUAGAAUUCAAAGCUUCACUUGAUUCAAUAUGGGAAGACAGCUUUUCCAAGAAUGAGGCGUUUAGCAACACCAUCAAAGAUUCUUUUGAGCAUCUAAUUAACCUACGUCAGAACCGACCCGCUGAGCUGAUUGCAAAGUUUCUGGAUGAAAAGCUUCGUGCUGGUAAUAAGGGUAUUUCUGAAGAGGAAUUAGAGGGAACACUUGAUAAAGCUUUGGUUUUAUUCAGGUUCAUCCAGGGAAAGGAUGUCUUUGGAGCAUUCUAUAAGAAGGAUCUUGCAAAAAGGCUGCUUCUAGGAAAGAGUGCUUCUAUAGAUGCUGAGAAAUCUAUGAUUUCUAAGCUUAAGACUGAAUGUGGCAGCCAAUUUACAAACAAACUUGAAGGAAUGUUCAAGGAUAUUGAAUUAUCAAAGGAGAUAAAUGAAUCAUUCAAGCAGUCAUCCCAGGCCAGGUCAAAGCUUCCAUCAGGAAUUGAGAUGAGCGUCCAUGUCUUAACAACUGGGUACUGGCCAACGUACCCACCCAUGGAUGUUAGGCUUCCACAUGAACUGAAUGUCUAUCAGGAUAUCUUUAAGGACUUCUACUUGAGUAAGUACAGUGGGAGGCGCUUAAUGUGGCAAAAUUCAUUAGGUCAUUGUGUGUUGAAAGCUGAUUUUCCCAAAGGGAAAAAGGAGCUGUCAGUUUCCUUAUUCCAGACCGUAGUUCUGAUGUUGUUCAACGAUGCCCUAAAGCUUAGCUUUCAAGACAUUAAGGAUUCCACUGGCAUUGAGGACAAAGAAUUGAGGAGGACCUUGCAGUCCCUUGCAUGCGGGAAAGUUAGAGUCCUACAAAAGUUUCCGAAGGGGAAGGAUGUGGAAGAUGAUGAUUCAUUCGUUUUCAAUGAAGGAUUUACUGCUCCGCUCUAUCGUCUAAAGGUAAAUGCAAUCCAGAUGAAAGAGACAGUGGAGGAGCACACUAGCACUACCGAGAGAGUAUUUCAAGACCGUCAAUAUCAGGUUGAUGCUGCCAUUGUUCGGAUAAUGAAGACGAGGAAAGUGUUGAGCCACACUCUUUUGAUAACUGAACUCUUCCAACAGCUUAAGUUCCCCAUAAAACCAGCUGAUUUGAAGAAAAGGAUUGAAUCUCUGAUUGACCGGGAGUACCUGGAGCGGGACAAGAACAACCCACAAAUAUACAAUUACUUGGCAUAGUUUUCCCAAUUCAUCUUAUUUUUCUUUGCUUCGAUGAUCUGCUCUUGUAAAUGACGGGUAAAAACAUGGAGCUGAAAUCCCUUGUCAGAUCCAUGUACAGUAGUAGUUUGUAGUAUUUACGUUGUUGCAAUCAGGACUGUACUUGUAAAAGUAUAUUUGGCCUCUGCUUUCUUACCAUUUUUUACGGAAUUCACA